CUGAAAAAAUAAAUUGAAAAAAAUUCCCUUCAAUUCGGAAAAAUUGUUUUUCUUUUUUUUUUAUUUUCUGUUGAAAACUAUAUUUUACUUUAACGAAAUUUUAAUAAAAAAUAAAAUGCAAACAUUUCAUAUCGGCGAAUUAGUAAUUGAUGGAAGCAAAAACAAUGGUAUCCAGCUUAAUUUUCCUCGCUCUGAACCGCAUCAUUGCCAAUAGAACCCCCCCAUUACGUUUGUUAUUUGCCGGCAAUCAAAUGGAAAAUUUGAUUUUCCAAUUUAUCGAUCUGAAUUGAUUUUCAACAAACUAUUACAACUGCCACUUACGAAGUAGCAAAAAAACUUGGACAACAGCAGCAACAACAAUAAUAAUAAAAAGCCAAUAAAAUAAAAGAGUGUAGAAAAAAAAAACGCUUAUAAUCCUGAGUAAAACAAGAGGGGGCGUGAGAGAGAGAAAAAAAAACAAUAAAACAAUUGUGUAACUGCUGCAGCAACAAAGAGAAACCCUAUCGCUGUGUGUUUAGAUGGCAGUGCAAUAAAAGAAACUAGCCAAAGCAAAAUUAACAAAGAAAGCCACUUGAACUUCUGUUGCAAAAAAAAAAAAAAAAACAACAAUAACAACAAAGUAAAAUGAAAUUUAAUAAACCCUUAAAUCUGAAGUUCAAUAGAUUCGCCCUUUAAUACCGAAUCGUGUUGCCACAACAGUGGCUCCACAAAGUGCGGCAGUCCUCAAUCGUAUCGCAGCCUCGCCAAGCCCAUCCACCCACCACUUAGCGGUUACAAAUGCUUCAUUGCCAUUCGAUUCGGUGAAAACAAUUGCGUUUGACAGCCAGCAAUCUGUUACUGAUGUCGUUGUUGGUUUUUGUUUUCUUUUUUUCCACGGCUUGCCUCAGUGCAAGUGGGACGAAAACUGCAACAACAACAACAAGAAAAACUCUGGCAAUUUGUUAUAAAUUUGUAACAAUAAAUGAAUAGAAUUGCCUGCAGUUUUUGUCGAUGUUCACCCCCGCACAGGCACACAGCAAGCUAAAAUCAAAUUGAAAAGAUAGAUAGAUAGACGAGCGAAUGAAACCCCGAGGGUCCUAAAAUAAAUAUACACAACAACGCACAAUACCCUCAGAGAAGUAUCGAAAAAAUAAAAAAUAAAAUAGCAACAACAAAAACAACAACAUCACAGAACGCCAAUAAUCAACAUUAUGUGGCUGAAUAACUGCAAUUGCCUGACAACGAGUCAAGCACCAUUGGUAACAUCGGGCUCGUCAAAAUUGGCAACAUCGGGAGCAACAAAAACAACAGCCUCAACAGUGGAGGCAUUGGCGUUAAACUCAGCGACGAGGAGGGCUACAACAGUGCCAACAAUAAAACAGGCGGCAACAACCACAGCCAUUGGAGGCUGUCAAAAAUGCAAUGCGGCAACCCAGACAACAUUGGCGCUAUCAACAAAAAUUACAACAGCAACAACAACAACAACUAUUUUAACAAAACGAAAAACAUUGUCAAUUUACAGAAAAUCAUUGACAACAAGCGGAUCAGUGACAACAUGGCCCCCAGCAGCACCACCACCAGCAGCAGCAUCUUCUUCAUCAUCACCACCAGCAACAACAACAACAACCAGUCGAAUGCCAUCAAUAAUUCCAGCAACAAUUUUAACACAGACUGCAACAGCAACCACAACCAGCUGUCAUAGCUCGCCGGCAUUUACAACCAGGCCCACCUCCUCCAGUCCCGCCCCCUGGUGCAGUAAAACCCAGCCCAGCUCAAGCAAAUGGUGCCAGCGGUGGUGGGCCCUACCACAAUUCCUACAGCAUAGGUAUGGUCACUUAACCUUAACCACCACCACUACGUUACUGGUCACCCUCUUCACCCUACUCUCACUGCCACCCGCUGCCCAUGUCAAUGCCUCCACAUUGGAUAUCUAUAAAAAUGCCCGACUGGGUCAUCGCAUUGUUCAGACACGUUACGGGCGAUUGCAUGGCCUAAUAUUGCCAUUGGACAGCUAUCGAUAUCUGCGUUCGGUGGAGGUAUUUUUGGGUGUACCCUAUGCCACGCCACCGACCAAACAAAAUAGAUUUAGUCCAACACGUGCUCCAGCGCCAUGGGAUGGUAUACGAAUUUCGGAUAAGUAUAGUCCCGUGUGCCCGCAACGUUUGCCAAAUAUACAAAAUGAGACGGCAGCCUUGGAGAAAAUGCCAAAGGGGCGAUUGGAGUACUUGAAACGUUUGUUGCCAUUUCUAGAGAAUCAAUCAGAAGACUGUCUAUAUUUAAAUAUAUUUUCACCGAUAAAUGCCGGAGCUAGUGAAAAGAAAUUGCCCGUUAUUGUGUUCAUACACGGCGAAUCCUUCGAAUGGAGCAGCGGUAAUCCCUACGAUGGCAGUGUAUUAGCCAGCUAUGGCGAAGUUGUGGUAGUAACGCUUAAUUACCGUUUAGGUAUUCUAGGUUUUCUCAAUGCCAACCCUAAUCCUCAACAACAUGCUCGUGUUGCUAAUUAUGGCCUCAUGGAUCAAAUUGCCGCCCUACACUGGAUCCAACAGAAUAUUCAAAAAUUUGGUGGUGACCCCAAUGCGGUGACCUUGGCUGGUCAUGGCACUGGAGCGGCUUGCAUAAAUUACUUAAUGUCCACCCCAACAAUGGUACGAGGCCUCUUUCAGAGGGCAAUUCUGAUGUCAGGUUCGGCUUACUCCUCAUGGGCCCUGGUGGAAGAUCCCGUGAUGUUUGCAGUGAAAUUGGCCAAAGAAGUGAAUUGUUCCAUACCCGAAAAUUUGGAUAAAGAUCAUGAACAAAUUGUCGAUUGUUUGCGUGAAGUGCCGCUGGAGGAUUUAUAUGGGGCUGAUAUACAGGCGCCGACUUUCCUGACUUCGUUCGGACCAUCGGUUGAUGGUGUCGUUAUACGUCCUGGUCAUUCCAAUCUCGAUAUCGAUGAUUUAAUGGCACGCAAUAUGAGACGCUCAUCAUCGGAUGGCGGUGGCGGCGGUGGCUCUUCGGGCGGUGGUGGAGGUAAUUAUGGCGGUGGUGGCGGCAGUGGAGGUGGAGGCAGCGGCAGUUAUUUCAAUGGUCCCGGAGGCGGUAAUGGUUUUGGCGGCAUGGUUGCCGGUCAUUAUGAUGUCCUUUUCGGUGUGGUAACGGGCGAAUCGAUAUGGCGCUUCAGUGCCCAUGACAUCCAAAAUGGCUUCGAAGGCGAGCGGCGUGAUAAAAUCAUUCGGACUUAUGUUCGCAAUGCCUACAAUUAUCAUUUGAAUGAGAUAUUUUUUACGAUUGUCAACGAAUACACCGACUGGGAUCGUGCCUCACAGCAUCCGAUCAAUACCCGUGACACAGCAGUAGCUGCCCUCUCAGAUGCUCAAUUUGUCGCCCCUCUCAUUCGCACGGCGGAUAUUUUUGCUGCCAAUUCACCACCACCCAUGUCCAGCUCAUCGGGCGGUGGUACAGCAUCAGCCUCAACCCAAUAUCCUGGCCAAUCGGGACGUUGUUAUUUCUAUGUUUUCGAUUAUCAGACGAAAGAUGGCGACUACCCACAGCGCAUGGGUACAGUGCAUGGUGAAGAUUUGCCGUACAUCUUUGGUGCACCCCUCGUUGAUGGUUUUAGUCAUUUUCCACAAAACUAUACCAAAUCGGAAAUUGCUCUGUCGGAGGCGGUCAUAACAUUUUGGACUAAUUUCGCCAGAACGGGGAAUCCAAAUGAACAUCAUCGCCAAGAAUCUGUGCUGCCGGCCUCCAAGGAACGUAGCCGUUUUCGCAGCAUCACCUGGGAUAACUAUGAUCCCUUACAUCAGAAAUAUUUGGAAAUAGGCAUGAAACCACGCAUUAAAAAUCAUUUUCGCGCCCACCAACUGUCAAUUUGGAUGCGUCUGAUACCCGAAUUACAUCGCAGCGGCAUGGAGGAUGUCAUUGCGCGACAUAAUCUCUUUCGCAAUCAUGACGAUAUGGACUUGUAUGAGGGUCCCGUGAAACCAGAUCCAUUUGCCUCCCAGCGUUUGCUGCUCAUCGAUGAGGCAUUGAUGAAGAAGGGGCGCAGUAAUAAUACCGGCUAUGUGGCAGGGGUUUUGGGUGUGACCACCGUUGAGCCGAAUAUGUACACAACUUGUAUCCCGGUGGGUGGUGGCAACUACACUGCCGGCGGCGUCUACGCACCCACAACUAUGGCCAAUGCCACCACAGAUACGCUGGCCUCUGGCUUCGAAUCGGCGGGCUAUGCUGCCUACUCCACAGCUUUGAGUGUCACCAUAGCGAUUGGCUGUAGUUUGCUCAUCUUGAACGUUUUAAUAUUUGCCGGAGUUUAUUAUCAGCGCGACAAGACGCGCCUGGAAGUGAAGACCCUGCAAAAACAAUAUCAGCAACGCAGUAUGCAUCAACAAGUGCCCUCGUAUCCACCGGAUCCCAUAAAGCAUGCCCACUACCACAUGGGACACUCGCAGAGUGCCAAUGUUAUUGUGGAUGUGGAGAAUCAUGGAGAUCAGGGUACCAUUCUAUUGACAGCCAGCGAUGUUAAGCCACCGCCGCCACACAUGUGCUCGAAUACGGCCAUGCAAUUAUCCCAGCAACAACAACAGCAGCAACAACAACAACAGCAGCAGCAGCAGCAACAAAUGUCCAGCGGGCCGAUGGGCAUGAACACUGGCAGUGUGGGUGGAGGCAUCAAUUCCAAUUUAUGCAGUGCCAAACAAGCAAUGGACAUUAACUCUGCUGGUGGCCUAAUGGGAUCGGGAAUUAUUAAUAAUGUUACCUACAGCACAACAACCAAACAGCAACAGCAACAACAACAACAGCAGCAGCAACAACAACAGCAAUUACAUGCCCAACAACAACAGCAGCAGCAGUUGGCUGCCCAGCGCGAACAUUUACAAAUCAAAGGCAUGAACUCCGGCCCAGUUAAUGUUGGGAGUGGUGGUAAUCCUGCCGGGGCCAUGACCCUCCAGUCCGGCUCCACUCAGACCUUUGGUCGCCAACCAACCAACACCGUCUCCGUAGCCAGUAAUAACGGCAACAGCAUGAAUACCGCCUCAAAUAUUUCAUACAAUCCCGGCAUGAUGACACUGCCAAAAGCUGGCACUUUGCAUCAUGCUAGCUCCAUAAAUUAUGGACGCAACCCUGGUGGAGGUGGCGGAGGUGGGGGUGGUGGUAAUGGCACCAUGACACUGGCCAGCAGUAGUAUUAGUAAUGCCUUGCUGGAUGGCCGUAGCAAUAUGUUGAUGACCAGUGCGGGCAGUGGCUCGGGAGGUGAUUGCAUGACAUUGCCAAGAAAUUUGUCCAUGUCAUCACGUCACAAUCCAUCUUCAGAUUCACCGCAACAACAACAAUAUCAAACACAACAACAACAACAGCAGCAACAACAACAAACAAAAACACAUCCCAACGGUAGUAUCAUUUCAGGAAUGGCCACACUAUCACAUCACAUAAGAGCGCCACGACCACCAACACGGACAGCCUCCUCAACCAAUCCCUCGUGUGGAUCAGGGGGUGGAGGUGGCGUCGGCGGAAGUAGUAGUGGUGUCGGAGGCGGCAGUGGUUUAAAUUCAAAUUUGAUCGAUCAAACCCCUUCGAAUGGUAGCAGUAGUAGCGGGGUCAGCAGUGCUCCCUCUUCGAAAGGCCACUCCCAUCAUCAUGGCCAUGCCCAUACGCAUGGCAGCACGACUGUCGAUAAUAUCGGCAUGACAACAACGUCAUCGAGUGCGGUGGGCGGUGGGCCAUCGCACCUGCAGCAACAGGUGCCACAGGCGGCAAUAGAUGAGAUGCGCGUCUGAUAGGUGUCGGUGUUCGAACUAGAUUUAUAGUCGUCUUCAUGUUUAACAAAUAUAUCAUCAAUGGAAGCCGUCAAUGUGGCUGCCUCAGCAGAUGAACACUAUGAUCUUUAUGGUCAACUGGCUACAGCAGCGGCAGC